GAGAGAGCCCCGACGCGCUGCUGACGCAAGGAAGGACGGCUAUAAGGGCCAGCACCUGCAGUGUUCCCCGUCCGUCCAUCCCCGGGUGUGACACGUCACCACCACCAUCAUCACCAUCGGCAGAGACCGAGCAGCCAUGCCGUUCUUCUGCCAGCUCCGAUGAAAGCUCCGCGACCUUGUGCGCAGCAGCGGUCAAGCGUCAGCAAUUGAGGAAAAAAGUAAGAGCAAGCGAACUUUAAAAAUAAUAAACGGGCAGCCAUGGGCAAGCCCGUGCCUCCGGAGGACCUGCUGAUCCCGCCGCAGGACAACCGAAUAUGCGGGACGAUAUGCAUCUGCCAGAUGACCGCGGUCCUCUCAUCGGUGGCCCUGGUCUACCUGACCGUGGCCAUUUACAUGCCCAGCACCCGGGCCUUCCAGUCCGGCAUCAGCGAGACCCCGGCCAUGUGCACGACCAUACGCGCUGCCAACGCCGACAACUGCGACUGGGGCAGCUGUGGCGAGUGGUGUCUCUCCAAGACCUCCGGGCCCUGCGUUCAAAUCCACGUGAACCUACGCCGCAAUGGCUCGAGCAUACUACUGGCCAAUUGCACCAACACGACCAACAAAACGUGUUACGGCAUUGACCAGGAGAAUGCGAAAAAGUACAAGUGCAUAGCCGAUGAGUGCCGAAAUUUGACGGGGACGUUCAACUGCACGACCGGGAUCUGCAUCAACAUAACGGACGCGUUCGAGUGCAUGUUCCACGACACGGAUCCGCCCCUCAAGUGCUCGGGCCGCCGAGGCAAGAUCACCUGCAUCGACAUUGACGGGCUGUUCAAUUGCGUCCGUGGCACUUGCGCCAAGAUACGCACCCCCUACAACUGCGACCGGCGCUGCGUCGACAUACCAACGCGCAACAAAAAUGUCAUUCUCCUGAGCGGCGACAAGGUGUACCUGAGCGCGUGCGAGAGCGCCAUAGACACCCUCACCGACAAGGAGAUCUGGAACGAGAACCGCAACGACAUACUCAUGUCCUCGUGCUACGGCAUCCACAACACCAGCCUUGGGGUCGAGGCGGUCGACUGCAUCAACGGCUCGGUCCUAGAGAAGAACCUGCUGACAGACCUGACCAACUUCACGUACCUGUCGUACCUGAACGUGUUCGCGACCAAGCCCCUGGACGAGACGCGCCGAGUGACGCCACCCGAGGCCGACCUCAUCAUAGCCAACGAGAGCCGGCUGAUGAUCAACCUCGAAGGUUGCGUCAACACCCUCAGGGACGAGUGCAAGGCCUUCCUCCAGGAGUACGGCAAGGACGGCUCGGACCACAACGCGAGGGCGCGCUUUCCCUGCUUCUACGCGGAGAACCGGCCCGAGGUCGUGGUGUCGCGCUUCAACCUCGAGUCGACGUACCGGGAGUUCCUCAUCGCCGUCAUCCUGCCGAGCGUCCUGUUCGUCGUCAGUUGUCUCACCCUGAUACUGUGCCAGCGGACCGUGGUCGUGGGCGACGACGCCAAGAUGAGGUUCAAGGGCACGCCGGGCGCGGCCAUCGAGAAGAGCGCCUCGGCCGCUCUGGCCGACCCGGGUGGCGGCGCCGACUCCGUCACGCUCUGAGAUCCGUCACGCAUUCCCCUCCUGGAGGAGAGCCCGACGCGCCAGUCGAUAUUCUCUCUGCGUGGGCACUACUAAGGUACGGGCAGGGGGGGAACGCGUGGCUCAAACCAUCAAAUUUGCAUCGGGUGUAUUUCGAACGACAAGGAGUCUGGAGGGACUACAAGUUUUGUCCCAUCGCCGUCACUACUUGUGAAACUUUUUUGGGGAAAACAACAAAUUUAUCAUAAAAACUGGCAGUAUUUAUGUUCCAACGCUACUACACACAGCCUCACGCGCAAACAUUAACGAGUAACAUAACAUAGACAACCGAAAAAA